ACAGACAAUCAACUGAUAACAGUGUUCUGGGACAGAAUGACUGGGAUAUUUCUACGAAAGCAUGAGCUAAAUCUUCUCAAGACUACUACUAUACCAUUGUGAAAUCAAACAUUGAACAAGCCGGUUUAAGUGCAUAGGUUCUAAAUAUAAUGGCAAGUCUUGCAUCGAAGGACUCCUACCUUCAGAAAUUGGGCAGCAAAGUAUGUGCUUCACAGAACCAAGAACCACGGAAAAGACCUUUUGUUCCGUUUCGGCAUGGAGGUGAGGCAGGUGUGCCAAAGAAGAAAAAGAGACAACAACCAAAACAUACUGGAGGGAAGCCAUUUAAUGGCCGCAAACCACCAGCAGUCCAUCCAAUGCAGGCAGCAGCAGCCUCUGGAGCUGCACUGAAUGUGGCGAAGGCUAAGCCUGAGAGCGGGCUGCCUCAGAAACAAAAGGGUGCGAAAUCUGGUGGUGGUUCCUUUUUUGCCGUGGAUAUUCUGCGUCAGAGACUGCACGAGAAGAUUGAAGAAACCCGGGGCCAUGGUAACCCCAAGGGCCUAUCAUCAGAGGAAGUUGAGAAGAAGCGGGAGAAACGGAAGCAGGAAAGGGAACGAAAGAAGAGAAAGAGAAAAGCGUUUCGGAUGAUGAAGCUUGCAGCGAAACUCGGAGAGGGUGCUGCGACCGAGAAUGGGGCGGAGACGCCGACUAUCUCCGUCGGAUCACCUGUGGCAGCUAAAGAAACGUCCACCAUGGUCUUCAACAAGUUGGAGGUGGGAGAAGGGUAUACAGAAAAAGCUCAACUGAAGAAGGAGAAGAGGAAGAAAGUGAAAGGGAAUUUGACCCCACUGACCGGGAAAAACUACAAGCAGCUUCUCGGCCGCGUGGAGGCACGCAAGGCAAAGAUAGAGGAGCUGAGGACCAAAGAUGAAGGCAAGGCCAAGGAAGCGGAGGAGAAGAUGAAAUGGACCAAUGUUCUGUAUAAGGCCGAGGGCUUGAAGAUUAAGGACAAUGAGGACCUGCUGCGUGCCUCCCUUAAAAGAAAAGAGAAAAUUCGCACACAGAAAAAGAAGCGCUGGGAGCAGCGAAGUGUCAAUGUCGUGGAGAAAAUGCAGCAUAAACAGGACAAGCGUCGCAGGAACAUCCAGAAACAGAAGCGGGGGAAAAUGGAGAAGCGUAAGGAGAAGGCUCGGAAGAAGGGCCGUAUCCUACCCGAAGACUUGAAGAAGGCAAAACUAUGAGAAUGUGUGAUGUCCUCAAUCCAAUGAGCUGGACAUUCGCUUAACCCAUACCUGUGCAUCGAUCUGGCCUUCAAAGGAAUUUUUUUAAAGGUGCAAGCAUUUGUGACCUAUACAAGAAUUAGAAUCUCGGGCUUCUUUUGUAACAUGCUGUCAUGAACAGUCUUCAUGAAAAAUGAGGUCUGAUGGCUCCUGAUCCUGUUUAAAGGGCUGUCUGCAUGGAGUGUGAUAAUUGAUUAUAAAUUCAAUAGGAUAAUGACAUUUGUCUACAAAUUUAAACUUAAACUAUAUGAGCCACCAAAUAACUUGUUUCUACAAGUGAUGUGGAAGCUGCAUUUUGUGUAUGAAGGUGGAAGGACAUACAUUUUUUCAAGAAAGUAGGAUGUAGUAUGUCCGUGCUGCAUUGUAUACAUUAUACUGUUCUGUAACAGCUUAUGCGCAAUAGUGCAGUAGACCUCACAAAAUAGAUCUAUUUCCACUUUAAACCUUUGUGUGUUCUGAUUUAUUCUGACUUUUUUUUUUGGGGGGGGGGGGGCGGUUGCGGAGGGCCGCGGUCGGAGAUCGGAUUCUUAAAAAUCAACUAACUAUAGUUGGGAACUUGGGAUGUUUACAUAAUUAAAGCUUAGGCCUAUAGGCUACUCAUGUGUCAGUAUCGGAGGAAAAGCAUAGUACAAUAAAUUCACGAAUGUAGGCUAAUGUGUUUUUAUGCCGAAUUCAUUGAAUGCGUUUUUACAAUAAAAGAUGAAUUUAUGUAUGAAAA